AUGACUACCCCAUUCCGUCUAUUCUCUCUUCCAUUUUUACCCCUCAAAAAAGUUCUGGAUAACGUUGGACCACAUGGAAUAAUAAUUCUCUCUUUGUGCUCUCAAAGAUCGAAAAGCAUUGCGGUUACCUAUUCUGGACCUUCCAAAGAUGUCAAACUCCAACUUAUGUAUUAUAAUGCAAUUGAUUUGUGUCACGAUUUCACAGAUCUCAUAAAUGUGGAUAAUGUGUCGGAUCUUGAACAUCUUGAGGAUCCCAUAUUGCCAACAGUACCAAUCGGGAAGUUUCGAAAUGUUCAAUACGAAAUGGAUGGGGACUGUCUAGUCACAUAUUGGUACAAUCAGUUAACCGGAUUGACGGAAAUUGGAAAUUACGCUCGAGAAAUAUUUAAUAGAGAUAUCUUUCAAGUCAGCAUUGGAGGUACAGACAUGGAUGACUAUAAACGGUUGAUUAAAUGGACUAUGGAUACACAAGGGUAUAUCAAAGACUUUCAUUUCGAACCUGAAAACACACUCGAUGAAGAUCUCGAUUAUGUUCUGGAAAAUGUUAAAUGCACUGGCUGUCUUUCAAUAACUGCAAAACCAUCUGAGAACUAUCGCCCUGCUAAACCACUUGUCUGUGAUCUUGAUCAACUUGCUAUUCAUUAUGGUUUCUGGAUUAAGCAGGAAGAUUUGUUGACAAUAAAUUGCAGAGUAGUUAGAAUGGAAGGCGGCUCAAAACUGACAAGCCAAGACUUUAAUGUGUUCUUGAAGCACUGGAUGACAGGAGGGUGUUCUAAAUUGAAACUGUUGCAUGUUUCUGUUGAGGAAGCAGUCAAUUAUGAGACUGUAUUGGACGGUGUGGAGUUCAUUGGAAGAGGGGAUGAUGUGAAAAGGGAAUAUGUUAAUGAAGAAAACUCCGUUGAUACAAUGACAGGAGGUUUCGAUGUCAAACGACAAAGUGAUAAUAUCACAGCGACUAUUACUGAAAGUUCGAAACGUUUUUAUAUGAAUGUUUGGCCGGAUUUCGCAGGAAAUUUUUAA